UCAUCCUUGUGAAAUCAUGACAGAACAAACUGGCCAUCUUCCGGACCCAGCUGAUCCAGAGGGACUUCGUUUUGCCGUCAGCCAGCAAGGCAUCGCCCUGGGCCGCCAAGCCGACGCUCUGUCGCAAGUAUCCUCUGCCCAACAGGAACUUUUUCGGCGCCUGGAUGGUCUAACGCAAACUUUGAUGAAUUUAACUGUCCAGGGGGCUACCCCCGCACCAUCACCUCCCGCUUCCAGCAUCGCCGCAGUUUCCGCUUCCGGUCCGUCACCUGAAAACUACCGACUGCAGCCGGAACCAUUCUUCGGCGACGUCGAAGCUUGUGGAGGGUUCCUGCUGCAAUGUAGUCUCCUGUUCCAGCAAGCCCCGAGGUAUUAUGACUCCGACCUCAGCAAGAUUACCCUGAUCAUAAACUCACUCCGCAAUAAAGCGCUGCAGUGGGCUCAGGCUUUCCUGGCCGCCAAUCCUGUCACCCACCUAUCGUACGAGCACUUCAUUAGUGAAUUCAGGCUGGUUUUUGACCAACCCCGUAAGCGGGAGGAAGCCUCACGAAAGCUUCUGGCUCUUAAGCAGCGAAGUCGCUCAGUGAGCGACCACGUCAUAGACUUCAGAAUCCUGGCGGUGGAAGCCGGCUGGACGGAUCCAGCAUUGAGAGGGGUCUUCUAUCAGUCUUUAAAUGAAGUCAUUAAGGACCACCUGUGUUCGCAACCAGAAACCCACUCUUUUGAGGAGCUCGUCACGGCGGCUCUCCGUUCGGACACCCGCUUACGUGAACGACAGCAUGAAAGACCUCAGCCUCCACGCAGAAGUCCUGCUAAUCCACCACAAGGUACGGCGGCACACAUUUCUCCUAUAACCCAGUCUGAAACCUCUCGCAGUCAGACCGACGAGCCCAUGCAGAUUGGACACUCCAAGCUUUCCGCAGAGGAGAGGCAGCGACGCCGGAUCGAAGGGGCAUGCUUUUACUGCGGAAAACCAGGACACCAGGUACACCAAUGUAGCCUGCGUUUUAAACUCCAAAACCCCCCGCUAGAGGACAGGCCGCGGGCGGGUCAAGUCUUGUCAUCUUCUAAAGAUUUUCUCCGCAUUCCUGUCAAGUUAAGUCAUGUUUCUGAAACUCUGGAUCUCCACGCUUUGAUUGACUCCGGCGCUGAACAGAAUCUUAUAGAUCACAGCCUAGUUACUCGCCUGUCCCUGCCUACAGAGUCCCUUCCUUCCCCUAUUAGAGCCGCUGGGUUGGGGGGUCAACACCUUUCGGUGAUUACUCACCGUACGGAACCGGUGUUAUUAAUUACUUCUGGUAAUCAUAGAGAACUCGCCCGGUUCUUCGUAACUCAAACCCCCCAGAACCCCAUUAUUCUGGGGUACUCUUGGCUUCGUCACCACAACCCGCAAUUUGAUUGGGUCCAUCGUCGUAUUGUUGGUUGGAGCGAGUUCUGCCUCGCUAACUGUUUGCAAUCCGCUGUUCCACCCGCUAAUUCUGCCUCCGUUAAAUCUCCUGAGGAGAUCGAUCUGUCUAACGUGCCUAGUUGCUACCACGAUCUUCACACCGUUUUCAGCAAAGUUAAGGCUGGUGCCUUACCUCCCCACCGGCCUUACGACUGUUCAAUCACCUUAUUGGACGGCGCUCCUCUCCCUAAAAGUAGGCUGUUCAAUCUCUCUGGCCCCGAGAAAGCCGCUAUGGAGGUUUACAUUCAAGAGGCACUUUCCUCGGGGCACAUUCGUCCUUCUUCCUCCCCUGUCGGUGCAGGGGUUUUUUUUGUCGAGAAGAAGGACAAAACCCUCCGACCGUGCGUAGAUUAUCGAGAACUAAAUCAGAUCACGGUAAAAGACAAGUAUUCCCUUCCGCUCAUCAGCUCUGUCUUUGACUCGAUUCAGGAGGCCCGUAUCUUUUCCAAGCUUGACCUACGAAAUGCUUAUCAUCUCGUACGGGUCAAGGAGGGUGAUGAAUGGAAAACCGCUUUCAAAACUCCUCUCGGUCAUUAUGAGUAUCUCGUCAUGCCAUUCGGGUUAACAAACGCUCCUGCCGUGUUCCAGUGCCUCAUAAACGACGUUCUACGGGACUUUAUCGACCGCUUCGUUUUUGUCUACCUUGACGACAUACUGAUCUACUCUAAACAUCCUGAUCAACACAGAAACCACGUUCGUCAGGUACUCCAACGAUUGUCUGAAAAUCAGCUUUUUGUCAAAGCCGAAAAAUGUCUGUUUCAUUCCACCGUCGUCCCCUUCUUAGGGUACAUCUUCGAGGCAGGUAGCAUUCGACCCGACCCCGCUAAAAUCGAGGCUGUCUCCAAGUGGGAACCCCCUACCACGCGUAAGAAACUUCAGCAAUUUUUAGGGUUCGCUAAUUUCUAUAGGCGGUUUAUUAGAAAUUACAGCUCCAUCGCGGCUCCCCUCACGCGACUCACUUCCACUGUUCGGGCCUACCAAUGGAACUCGGAUGCCCAAGAAGCUUUUGACACUCUCAAGAACCUCUUCGUUACAGCCCCCAUACUAAUACAACCCGACCCAGCUAGACAAUUCGUGGUCGAGGUUGACGCCUCCGACUCAGGCGUCGGGGCAGUAUUAUCUCAGCGGGAAGAGUCCUCCAACAAAUUGAAGCCCUGCGCUUUCUUUUCUAAGAAACUGACCCCUGCUGAGCGCAACUAUGAUGUGGGCAACCGUGAACUUCUCGCAUCUGGCAUCAGACCAAGGCUGCUCUGCUCCAGACUAAGGAGACCAAUCGCCGUACGGCCAACCGUCAUCGUGUGGUGGGUCCUACAUAUCACCCUGGCCACCUCCCGCAAGCUCGCCCCCCGCUUCAUCGGUCCCUAUACUGUGGAAAAGGUCAUCAAUCCCACCUGUGUCCGCCUCCGCCUCCCAGCGGCUCUCAAAGUCCAUCCCACCUUUCAUGUCUCUCAGGUCAAGCCUGUCGUUGACAGCGCGCUUUGCCCGCCAUCCGCCUCCCCUCCACCCGCCCGGCUCAUCGAUGGUGCCCCGGCUUAUACGAAAAAUGAUCAAUCCAGAGUCUUACAUCUCUGGCCUACAAUUCUGAGUAUUUUUUCCACCAUCUGCCUCUGGCUGAUCCUCAACUCUCGCCUGUCUCUGACCAACGUCUGCCAGCCGCUGAAGUUGCAGUCUCUGCUCUACUGUAGACGGCUACUCAACUAUCCGGAUCCCAAGUCCCAGUUGAUUGUAGAGGCAGACGCCUCUAGGACUGGCAUCAGGGCAGUCCUAUCCCAACGCCAUGGUCAGCUGGCUAAAACAUACUCAUGUGCCUACUACUCUCGGAGGCUCACCAACGCCGAGCGCAAGGAUGACCGUGAGCUGUUGGCCAACAGCGGGAACUAUCUUCAGAGCUCUAGCAUAUCCUGGUCCUCCACUUCCCAUCAGCCUCUGCUGUCACUCCCAGGAGAGUCACAGCUGUUUUUCAUCAAAAGUUACGCCCAGCAGUAUUGA